UCCCUCUCUCUCUCAAUGAUUCUCCCCCUUUAUUUUCCUCUCCGAUGAAGAAGCAAUACAGGAGAAGAGGAACGGUUCACCCAUCGCCGCCAAUCUCCGACCACCUCUCGUUUCUCCCCGCCGCCAUCCUCACCCUCGCAGCGGCGCUCACCUCAGAGGACCGACAGGUCUUAGCCUACCUAAUCUCCUCCGCCGACAAAAACUACUCCGGCCACCGCGGAAAGUGUAGCCAACAGAAACCCACUACCACCCCCAGCGCAAAGUUCGGUUCCGAUCACUCUCCGGCAUUCUCGUGCGGCUGUUUCCGGUGCUACACGAGGUACUGGGUCCGAUGGGACUCGUCGCCGAAUCGGGAAGUGAUACACGAAAUCAUCGAGGCAUAUGAAGAAAAAUUAGCGGAGACCCAAAAGGGAAAGAGGAAUAGGAAGGAAAGGAAGAAGAGGAAUGGAGGGAGGUUGAUUGAAGAAAAGGGGAGGUUGACGGAGAGUGAAGGGGCAGGUGACGGCGGCGGCGGCGGGGAGGAAGCGGCGGAGAAAGGGGCGGUGAGGAAGAUUGUGAAGUUUAUAGGAGAAACAAUCUGGGGAGGUUAUUUUAUGAGUUAGUUAAUUAGGUGUAAAUAUAGUCCAAUGCUUUGGGAUGUACAAAUUAAUCAAUAUUUUGUUUCUUUUCAUGAAUUAUGCAAAUUCAAGUUCCAAUUAAAUAUUUUCUUAAUUUCUUUU